CGAAAAUCAACGCUCAGUUGUUGUGCGGCGAUCGCUGCGUGUAGUUUGUUGGACGCGAAAGCUCAGCGUAUAAGCCGGGGUUUGGAAAAAUAGCAAAAGUGGCUGCUUGAAACAGCAAAAGUAAAUUGAUAAUAAAUAAUAAAAUAAAUAAAUAAAAUAAAAAAAAAAAUCGUGCGACUUAUCAGCCGUUACAGUUACAAAGUGGGCGUUUUUCAAGUGAUAACAGUUGCAUUUCUAUUUUUUUUUACACGAAACCACCCACAAAAUAAGCUUCCCAGCGGAUUUCGAAAAGUGCAAAGCCAUUAAGGCAACAUCCGAUAAAUCAAGUGCAAAAUUGUGCAAUUUAAGGCUUUAGGUGCAAUUUUAAAAACACACACAGUGAUUAAAAUAAUUUCUGGAAAUAAAUCAUAUUAUUAACUAGUACGUGUGUGUUUAAUUGUCAAUUUUGUGGUGAUGAUGUUCGCAAACGAGGGGCGUUCAUUUGUUUUGCUGCUGGCAAUCUUAUCAGUAUUUAAUGCCGAAACAAGCGCCGAAGUGUUUGAUGAUGGAAAGUUGCGCGUCUGCAUUGUCGAGUCUCGUGGCACGUACCGUAAAACGCCGAAAUUUUGUCCGCUCCUCGAAGCCACCAGUAAUAUUGAGUGUGUGAUUGGCGUAGAUCGACUGGAUUGUGUACGACGCAUACAUAAAGGUACCGCGCAUUUCGGCGUGCUCUCCGCCGAGGAGCUAAUAGCAGCGCGUUGGGCUAGCGUGGAGAUUUUAGUUACGAGUGAGAUGCGCUCACAUGAAACCAAUUUCGAAUAUGAAGUAGUCGCGGUGGUGGACAAUGAGGCCAACAUACAUACGGUGCAUGAUUUGCGCGGUGCGAAACUUUGUCAUCCCGGUUAUGGUUUGGGCAAUCAUUGGACGGAGGUUUUAGCUAAUUACUUCGAAUCGACAUUGAUUUCGAAAUCAUGCAAUCCGGAAAUCUCACUAACGGAAGAUCGCAUUAGCGCCUCGGCUAAAUAUUUUGGUCCCAGCUGCAAAGCUGGACCAUGGGUGCCGGAUCCUAAACAGGAUCGCAUACUCAAAGAUCGCUAUCCGUCGUUAUGUCAGCUCUGCUACGAUUCAUACCGCUGCGAUAUCGGCGACAAACAUUGGGGACGGCGCGGCGCCUUGUAUUGCCUCACAAAUGGUGUCGGCAAUGUUGCUUGGGCGCGAUUGGACGAUGUGCGCAGUCAUUUUGGCUUAACUGGACUGCCUGCACAGGCGAAUCCAUCCGAGUACAGCUACUUAUGCGCCGAUGGACAUCUACAGCCUAUCACAACUGAACGUCCGUGUGUUUGGGUGGCCAAACCCUGGCCAGUUAUAGCGGCGCGCCGCAGUCACGCUGCACAAAUACAAAAUCUAGUCGCUGGCUUGAACCACAACGAGCCGAAUAGCUGGCAGAAUGCCUUGCUAAGCCUCUUGGAGAAUUAUCAUAUAGAAAUCGUCACUUUGGAUAACGUCAUACCCAUCGAUGAUUAUCUCGAUCAGGCGACGGCUUUUCAGAGCGCUUAUAGCUUUCCCGAAUGUAAUCCACCGCGUUCAAUAGUUUACUGUACUACCUCCAUAAUACAGCAUGUUAAAUGCUCGUGGCUACAAGAAGCCUCACAAGUGUAUGGCGUCGAACCGAAUAUCCAGUGUAUACGCUCUGAAAGCUUGGAUUCGUGCAUGGAUGACAUCAAAUACAAGGCAGCCGAUGUCGUGUUGGUCGAUCACGAAAAUCGUAUUAAAGCACAACGUGACUACAAUCUCGUGCCGAUACUUUACGAAUUCUCACAGGAUAUGCAUGAACGUUAUGCCGUCAUAGCUGUGGUGCAUAAAGAUUCAAGCUUCAAAUCUUUUGCCGAUCUGGAAAACGCAAAAGCCUGUCUACCCUCAUACGAAGGACCCACACAUCUAUCGGUACAGGAGACUAUUGUAAAUGUAACACAACGCAUGACCGCACUACAGUCGUAUUUCCACCGUGACUCGUGCACUUGGCAUCCGAAUGCGCAUCGCACCUGUCCGGACACUUAUCGUGGCGAUGAGGGCGCUUUACGUUGCUUAGCCGAAGGUGGCGAUGUGGCUUUUCUCAGCUCGGCUAUAUAUAAAAACUAUACGGUGGGCAAUAUAACAGCGAAAUGGGUGCGUGACACCGGACACAAGUCCUUCCGCGUUUUAUGUCCCUACGGCGCGAAUGAGCGUCACUCAAAGUUCGAGUAUUGCUAUAUGCAUUGGACCACACGAGGCCAUUUAAUGACGCAUAACGAUUCGUUGACGCGCCGUAAUGAAAUCUAUAAUUCGUUGCGUGACAUCGAUCAGCUCUUCGGCAAAAGCUAUCGGCCCGAAACGCGCCCAUUCACCAUGUAUGGCAUUUUCGAUAAGCGUAAUAAUGUUAUGUUUCGUGAUAAGACGGACGGACUGAGAGGUUUAGUCGAUUUGAGAGCGGAUAACUCGAAGCGCAUUAUGGAGGAUAUUUUCGAGAAUUAUGUGAAAAACGUUUAUGUAGAUCCGAAUUCGAGUCAGUCGUUGCAGUGUUCGUUAACGCUGCUAGUCAUAACGACCCUAUUAGUUGUAAGUUGAAUAUGGAUCUGAAGCUGGUUCGCAGCAAUGUAUAAGCCAUUAUCUAGAUUUAAACAUUUCAUUCACGGUUAGUCAUUAAUUUAAUUUUCUAUCGAUAUUUGUGAGACGAGUUUUAAGUAUAUGGUACUAUUUAAAAUGUAUGCAAUUUUGUGAUAUUAUUUUAUACUCUACGUUUGUAUUUUUUAUAAACCAAAAGCCAUCUAAGUAUGUUUAACCGUUUGCAGGUGUCUGUUUAUGCCAAUAAAUUGUCUUAAAAAAUCGUU